AUGUCUCACCAACUACUCGGCUGCAAGAGUCAUCUACAGCACCUUGCUGAAGACGACCAAGAAGGACCUCUUCAAGGAUGUCCUGGCAGCGACAACGGACCCCAGCAUCCGCUAUGCUGCCUAUCAGAGCCGCAUCCCCCGCACCGUUGGAGUCCCCUCUGUCGCCAUCAAAUUCUUCCCCAGAGACGAUGA